UUCCUACUCCUCUAGCACCUCUCCCUCCACCCUUAUCCUCUCACAGCUCUCCUCCUAAAACCCUUUCACUCUCUCUCCCUAUCUCCUCUCCUCUCCUCUCCCACAAAAAAAAUGGCUAUGGCUUCUUCUGCAACUUCCAAUCUAUUCAAGACCUUAUCAAUGGCGGAUUCAUGCCUAGUUUCCCUCCCUUACCUCUCCGCCGCCAAAACCACCAACCCAUUUCUCUCAAUUCCCUCCAAACCCAUCAAGCUCCACCUCUCCUACACUUCUUCCUCGUUCUUCUCGCCGCCGCUGUCCCUCGGGAACAAACCCCACUUCUCCUCCGUCGUCGCCUUAGUGGCCCAGACCUCGGACUGGGGACAAGAGGACAACACGCUCACCAUUGACGGCGCGGAGGGCAGCGAGAGCGAGGAAGGAGGGGUCUUUGAGGAGAGAGAGGAGGAGUCGAAUGUCGAGCCACCGGAGGAGGCCAAGGUGUUUGUUGGGAAUUUACCUUUUGACGUUGAUAGUCAGAAAUUGGCUGAGCUUUUUGAGAGGGCUGGAAUUGUCGAGGUUGCUGAGGUUAUUUACAACAGGGACACUGAUCAGAGUCGCGGGUUUGGAUUUGUGACUAUGAGCACUGUUGAGGAAGCUGAUAAGGCUGUGGAACUCUACAGUCGUUAUGAUUUAAAUGGAAGGCUCUUGACUGUCAAUAGGGCUGCCCCAAGAGGAACACGCCAAGAACGCCCACCCCGUUCAUUUGGAUCUGCUUUUAGAAUCUAUGUUGGUAACCUCCCAUGGAAUGUGGAUACUCCUCAACUGGAGCAAAUUUUCAGUGAACAUGGUAGCGUUGUGGAGGCUCGAGUAGUCUUUGACAGAGAAACUGGACGAUCCCGUGGUUUUGGCUUUGUAACAAUGGCCAGUGAAAGCGAAAUGAAUGAUGCCAUUGGUGCACUCGAUGGACAGAGUAUCGACGGGAGGGCGAUCAGAGUAAAUGUUGCAGAAGAAAGACAAAGGCGCAGUCCUUAUUGACGUAGCCGGGAUGAAACCUAAGUUCCGUUUUGGUUCCUUUUUCAUUAGAUAAGGUUCAUGCUAGCCGGCUUUCAGCAAGGUUUUUGUGAUUUCUACUUGUAGAAUUAUUGUUCAAGUCCAAAACGAUAUAUAGAGUCCAAGUUUGACUCCAUAAAUUUUGGGGAACUACUGUUUGUGGUUACUAUCAGUGUUUAAAAUAUCGAUAUAGUAGGAAAGAUCGAUGAAUGUAUCGAUAUCGAUA